AUGAUCAGCGUGCAAGCUCGAAUUCUCUACGCAAAGAUCAACUCUCCCCCGUCCAAAGUCAUCUCCAGCCGCGGCCACUACCUCAUCACCGAAGAUGGCCGGGAGAUCUUCGACGCGACAGGCGGUGCCGCCGUCGCCGCCGUCGGCCACAACCACCCGACCAUCAAGAGCGCCAUCACACAGCAACUAGACGAAGUGGCGUACUGCUACUCGCCCUUCUUCACCACUCCGGCUGCCGAGCGGAUCGCAACCUUUCUCACCGAGUCCACCAAUGAAGAGAUGACCAAGACCUUCAUCGUUAGUUCCAGUACGGAAGCCAUUGAAGCAUCCCUCAAAAUCGCACGGCAGUACCAUGUCGAACGUGGGCAGCCCCAGCGGACCCGGUUCAUCGCGCGGAGGCAGUCCUACCACGGCAACACUCUGGGGGCGCUCGCGACGGGGUACCAUAAAGCCCGGAGAGCGGUGUAUGAGGACAUCCUGGCCAAGAAUGUCUCGCAUGUGUCGCCGUGCUAUCCGUACCGGGGCAAGAGACCCGGGGAGAGUGACGAGAGCUAUGUUCAGCGGUUGGCGGAUGAGUUGGAAAGGGAGUUUCAGGCCGUCGGGCCGGACACAGUUUGCGCUUUUAUCGCGGAGACGAUCACCGGGGCUACUCUCGGUUGCGCCCCCCCUGUGCCGGGCUACUUCCCAGCGAUCAAGGCAGUAUGCGAUCGCCACGGUGCCCUGUUGAUCAUGGACGAGGUCAUGUCGGGAAUGGGGCGUUCGGGGACUCUGCAUGCAUGGGAGCAGGAGGGUGUCGUUCCGGAUCUGCAGACCGUGGCCAAAGGUCUGGGCGCCGGGUACGCGCCUAUCGGGGCUCUGCUGGUGGGCAAGAAGGUGGUGGACGCGCUGACCCAGGGUACUGGCGGGUUUGUGCACAGCCAGACGUAUCAGGGCCACCCGAUCGCUUGUGCUGCUGCGUAUGCUGUGCAGACCCUGAUUCAAGAACAGAAUCUGCUAGACAAUGUCAGAGUUCAGGGCGACUACUUGGGGAGACUUCUGACAGAGCGCAUUGGAUGUCAUCCGAAUGUGGGGGAUGUCCGCGGUCGGGGACUGUUUUGGGGGAUCGAGUUUGUGACGGACAAAGAGACAAAGACACCCUUCCCUGUCGGUGAUCAGGUUGCGCAGACAGUGCAUUUGACGGGCUUGCAGGAUGAACAUUGCAUUUCCCUCCUGCCCAGCAGCGGCAAUGUUGAUGGGACUCAGGGUGAUGUGGUUCUGAUUGCUCCUGCAUAUAACAUCACUGCCCCCGAGGUAGAGGAUCUAGUGGAUAGGGUUGAGAAGGUCAUCGAGUCGGUGUUUGAUCAGUCCUGA